ACCCUCCACCCUCCUGCCCCUCCACAACAAAUGAAGAGUCGUGGAAAACCAUCAACAACAGCGGAGUCACCAGGUCGGAACCGGGAGAACCAGGAGAACCCCGGAGAACCCGGUGACGUCAUGGCCCAGGCGAACAUCUCGGUGACGGAGAGCCAGUUCCGGUGCCCCGUGUGCCUGGACCUGCUGAAGGACCCGGUGUCCACCCCCUGCGGACACACCUACUGCAUGUCGUGCAUCAACGACUACUGGGACCAGGCGGAGGCGGCCGGCUUCAGCUGCCCGCAGUGCCGAGAGGCGUUCAGCCCGCGGCCGGUGCUGCGCCGCAACACGGUGCUCGCGGAGGUCGUCGGCAAGCUCAAGCGGAGCGACGCGCUCGCGGCGCCGGAGCUCUACCUCGGGAGAGUCGGCGAGGUGCGGUGCGACUUCUGCCCGGCGGACGGCACGCUGCGGGCGGCCAAGUCGUGCCUGGUGUGCCUGGCGUCCUUCUGCGAGCUGCACGUCCUGCCGCACCGGGAGGUCGGCACGCUGCGCCGGCACAAGCUGGUGGCCGCGGUGGAGUGCCCCGCGGAGCGGCUGUGCGCGCAGCACCGCCUGGGGCUGGAGCCCGCGGCGGCGGGGGGAGUCGGCUCCGAGGCGGCGGAGUGGAGCGGGGACUGCCUGCUGUGCGAAGCGGACCGGGAGGAGGUGCACGGCGGGGACGGCCAGAGAGCCAGGAGACGGCUUCAGCUCCAGGAGUCUCAGAGGAGGGUUCAAGGCAGGACACGGAGCGGAGUGAGGGAGCUGGAGGAGUUUCAACAAAGCCUGGAGUCCCUCAAGGUGUCGGCGUCGGCCGUCUUGGAGGACAGUGAAGCUCUGUUUACAGACAUGGCUCUCCGUCUGGAGAAAACCAGGGCGGAGGUUCGAGCGCGGCUGGAGGCCAAGGAGCGCGCGGUGGUCGGGCGGGCCGAGCGAGACAUGGAGGUGCUGGAGAAAGACCUGCAGGAGCUGAGGAGGCGGGACCAGGAGAUCGGCCGGCUCCUGCAGACGGAGGACGACGCCCACUUCUUACAGGCGGCCCCCCCGCUGUGCGUCCCUCUCACCCCCGGUCGUCACUCCAGAGCUCUCAGUCUUCCCACUGAGGGGUUCAGCGGCGCGAGGAGGGCUCUGUGCCACCUGCGCAGCCGCCUGGAGGAGGUCUGCAGGGAGGAGGUGGACAAGAUCAGCCGCGCAGUUAAUGAAAACUACGUGUCCGGCGGGGAGUGUGUAAAAGGAGGCGGCGGAGAGAACUCCAAACCGCACCACGUACAACCGCGACUAUCUGCAGGGCAACACACCGCCGGGGCAGUGCCGGUGUCGUUCCCUCUCUCCUCUUUGUCUCUGCAGCCGGCCGAUGAGAGGAUGAGGGCGGCGUUCCUCAGGUUUUCAUGUCGUCUUUCUUUGGACCCUGAUACCGCCCACCCCACUCUGGUUCUCCUGGAGGGGCACCAGGGUGCCCACUGCGGCGAGGAGCCCCAAUCCUACGCCCCGGUCCACCAGCGCUUCGACUCGGUGGCCCAGGUCUUGUGCCGGGAGGGUCAGUUCGGCGCCAGCUACUGGGAGGUGGAGUGGCGCGGCGGCGGCUGGGUCGACAUCGGCGUCACCUACCGAGGCAUCGGGCGCAAAGGCGGCGGGAAGCCGUGCCUGCUGGGGCGCAACGAGAACUCCUGGCGGCUGAGGUGCACGCACGCGGGCUACGCCGCCUGGCACGACAACCGCAAGACCACGGUGGCCGCGCCGCCGUGCCCCCGGAUCGGCGUCUUCCUGGAGCGCCAGAAAGGGGCGCUGUCCUUCUACAGCGUGUCGGACACCAUGGUGCUGCUGCACACCUUCCGCUGCCCCUUCUCUCAGCCGCUGCACCCGGCCUUCCGCCUGGACCUGGACUCCACGCUGCUCAUCUGCGCCCACCAGGGCGGCCACGGGUGGCCAACCUGACCCUCUUUUAGUUUGACCGCUGCAGGCAAGGAAAAGGGCUGUUCGGGCAACGACGUCCGGGUGAAGCGUGGCAGUCGAAAGGAAUCGAACCGUCUUUUUUGCAUAAUUCAAAAAUAUUCUCUUUUUCACUUUUUAAAUGUUCACAAAAUGCCUUUUUUAUUAUUUUUUUAUUCAUGACUCGAGUGGAAGGAAAAGCGCAGGUGUUCCUCACAAUGUGUCUUUGGGCUCGACUGUUCUGGUUUUAGGGUCGACACUGAAACGGGUUUCUUUUCAAACGUUUUGAGGUCAGGACGCUGAUUGUUUUUAUUAUUUACACUAUUGUGCUUUUCCUUCGGGGACAUGUCAAAGUGUUUAUGGGAUGAAAAACACACGUUUUAUGGUUUAAAAUCUGACAUUCUUUAUUUACCAAUGUGAUGCAAUACAAUACAAAGAUACUGAAAAGUAUUCAGCCCUAGUUUUUUUUUAAAAGUUUUUUUUGCAGAAAAAAAAACAUUCAUAGAAAUAUAUAUAAUUUUGUAUUUAUUAAUAUUGAAUGCUUCACGUGUUUCCUGUUUAAAGUUUAAACCAAGCGGAGGUCAAGAGGUGCUGUCGGGUUCGUCGAGGUCAAUUAGUGUGAAAUGUUGACUUUCCUUUUUAAAGAAAGCAGAUGCAACGCGUCGGCCAAUGAGCUUUUAGAGGCGUUUCCCUGUGAGCUAGGCUAGCUCCACCCCCCUCUCCCCUUUUCAGUCUUUGUGCUAAGCUAACCAGCUGCUUCAUCUUUACUGUAAAUUCCCAAAAUGUGGAAUUAUUCCUUUAAACGGUUGUCGUUCUCAAUUUCAGAUUUCUGUACUUUUUAAUUCUUUUUUUUAUCAUAUCUGUGUCGGUGUGUUUACUAAUUAUCAAAAACAUGGUAUAUGAGGACACAGUUUAAAUUGGGCACAUCGUUAUUUCUCCGUUAUAUGAUAAAGCUGCGUCGAUCACAAUCUGGAUUUUAUUUGUUGACCAAAUUAAACACGUUAAUAAUAAUAAUAUUAUUAUGACAUCAUAUCUAAUCAGGUCAAGUCUUAUUAUGACAUCACAUCCAUUCAGAAAGAGGAUUUUCCUUCAACUGUCGGAUGUGAAAACGUGUGAAACGUGUUUUUCUUCGUCUUUCCAUCUGAACGGACGCCAUAAUGUAGCCACGGGUUUCGUUUUGAUUAUGGGAUGGCGUGGGUCCAGACGUUUAAGGCCUUUUGAACCGAGGGACAACAACCACACGGGUGCAUUUAAUCUAAUUAGUAACUUUAGGGUUCGAGGGAUCAUUUAUUGUCACUAUGCAACACAACCAAACUCAGUUGUAGCCCGAUAGAUAGAUAGAUGGAUAUAUUAUUUAAUUUGUUGCCAUGAAGUGCUUUAUUCCACAGGCUGUAACAUGAACUUUCUCUUGUGGUAUUUUCUCCAUCUGUUGACUUGACAUAAAGAAUGUCGUAAUCGUCUCGGCUCGUAAUAAACCGAUCCAAAGGG